AUGCCGCCCCCCAGCCCCACAGCGGGCGGGCACAUGGGGCCGUGGGCGUUGCAGGACCGGCGCUACGCCGACCUGACCCAGGACCAGCUGCCCACCUGCGAGAGCCUGAAGGACACCAUCGCCCGCGCCCUGCCCUUCUGGAAUGAGGAGAUCGUCCCGCAGAUCAAGGAGGGCAAGCGGGUGCUGGUGGCUGGCCACGGGCAAAUCACCAGCCUGCGCGGCAUCGUCAAGCACCUGGAAGGCAUGUCGGAGGAGGCCAUCAUGGAGCUGAACCUGCCCACGGGCAUCCCCAUCGUGUACGAGCUGGACAAGAACCUGAAGCCGGUGAAGCCGAUGCAGUUCCUGGGCGACGAGGAGACGGUGCGCAAGGCCAUGGAGGCCGUGGCUGGGCAAGGGAAGGCCCAGAAGUGAGGGCGGCUCCGUGGCAGAGCCGUCCCCCCCUCCCACCCCCGCGCACAUGCCCGCAGCCUAGGAACACCAGCUCGGAGCCUGGCCGGGGGGGCUCCCGGGACCACCUGGACCAAGCCCCCGCGCAC